AUGUUGGGGCUGAAGGCGAUAGUGUUCUUUGCUGUGUUGUGCUUUGUUUCUGCAGAGUACUGUUGUGGAAUUACGCAAUCCUACAUUCUUCAGCGGAGGAUCGAUGGGACCAACGAUUGGAGAAUCGUAAGUACAUUCAAUAUAUCGCGUCAUUCGGUUGACUCUCUGGUUAAACUGAAGCACAGUUCACCACAAGGAGACAAUGAUCUAACAGCGGUAGAGAAGGACGCGCUGGUAAAGGCUGAACAUGUCUUCUACCGUGUCACCCGUGGAGGUGAUGAUACGGACGCGGGUGCUGUUGCCGUUGCCUUGUCGCCAUGCACUAUUGUGCGUGGGUUCGAGGCUUUGGAUCCGCGCACGGUCCUCUUACAUGAAACUUUGGCUGUGGCCGUAGGUACCAACGUGUCGGUUGUGGGGUUACAAGUGACGAGCACGACUAAUGCAUUUCAUGCCAAAAUGCUUGAUGGUGACGAAUGCGACCUCACUGUGCUUUUGCUCUUCCCGCAGGUGAAGAUGCGCCUCAAGUUGGGUUUACUGGUUGCGAGCGCACCGCUUACCACUCCGAAUUACACCGAACUUGCCGAGUACACAAAUCACCUUUCCAAGGAGGGUUCCUCUCAAAAGAAAGGAACAAAAAAGAGCAAGAAACGCUCAAGCGAUGCGCAAAAUCCACUCUCGCAGGAACAGGAGCAGGACGAUGCUGAGGAUGAGGAGGACAAACGUUCCUUCGUGGAGAGGUACUGGAUAUACUUCGUAGUGCCAUUUGCCGUCUCGUUACUUCAGGGCAUUUUCGCGCCUAAGCAGUGA